CUUUGGCAACUCUUUUCCCACUGACACUCACUGUUUCCUUUUGAAUUGUAGAAAAUAGGAAAUUUCAAAAGCGCUCUACAUAAUUUGCCUUUGAACCCGCUAUACAAGCUGAGCAUAAUCGUCAUUUCGCUUCCAUUGCACCAGAAUUUCGUUAAAUCAACUUGGAGCAGAACAUGUCGAGGAAUCUUGUGUCGAGAGAAAAGACCUUCAAUCAACUUUAUGCGGCCAUUAAAUCAAAACUCCAACAAGAUGGUGGUCUUGAGGAAGUCCACUGCAUGGUGCAAACCCAAAUAAUGGCCAUGAUGAAGGGCAAAUACGGUAAGCCCACUUGGAUGCAUAGCGAAGAUUGCAAUGGUGACGCACGCAUGGCAUUAUUGCAUCAACUAAUCAUGGAAUACUUCCAAUGGCAUGGAUUCCAUUACUCGGCUCAAAUGUUCGCCCAGGAGAGUGCAUGCGAAAAUGCCAAGCCAUUGCGUAAGUGUUUCGAGGCGAUUUUGGGUGGAUUCGAAGAUAAGUCAGUGCCAAUUUUGCUGCAGAUGGUGGCGGAGCGAAUGGUGCAGCAUUGUCCCACCCACUGCCAGGACAAUGCCAAGGAUGGCGAAAAUAAUUGCCAGUAAUUGUCAGUUUGAAGUACAAUUUGCAUUGUUUCAAUUAAUAAAUUCCAUUGAAAUCAA